GCCAUUUUGGCCGUCGCAGCUAUUUGACGUCAUCACGGUGCGUUCGGACGAUGGUGGCCGGUGCUUUCCCUAUCGCCAAGCUCCUGACCCUGGGUGCCCGUCAGCUCAGCCGCCCAUUGGCUGCUCGGAUCAAGGCCGGAGCCAGAGCCAGCCCCUUCUUCAGGACCUAUAUCUGCCUCCCACCGGCACAACUGUAUCACUGGGUGGAGAUGAGGGCCAAGAUGCGGAUCAUGGGAUUCCGAGGAGCCGCCGUGAAACCGCUGAACGAAGAAGCCGCAGCCGAACUGGGAGCCGAGUUAUUGGGGGAAGCCAUUGUGUUCGGGGUCGGGGGGCUUUGUAUUUAUAUGGAAUACGCCCGACAAGCCGGACAGAGCAGGAGGAAGGAGGAAGAACAGGCCGCGGCCUUAAAGAACAUGGCGGCCGACAUAGAGAGCAUGCGCCGAGAGCUGGACGCCAUUUUGAGAGAGAGGGGCGGGGCUAAGAUAAGCCACGCCCCCGAGCAGAGCCAAGCGGCCAAUCGGAGCGAGGCGGCGACGCUAAGCCACGCCUCUAAGCCGAGCCAAGCGGCCAAUCAGAGCGAGGUGGUGACGUUAAGCCCCGCCCAGAAGGGGCGGGGUUAAUAAAUUGAGGGUGCGUGGCUUUGUCCAUAUA